GUCAGUCCUACGUAUCUAUUGUAAACAAACAGCUAGCAAUGUCAGCUGAUCGUUAAACUCCGGACAGGGAUUUUAAACAUAAAGGAUUCCUUUAAUUCUGACGUCGGUCGACACUCCUCACGUACAUGUACUUUGAAGGGAUAUUCAACAAUGGCCAUGGCUUCUAAGGAGGAUUUUCGUUUUGAACAAAAGUUAACAGAAUGUUUCAAAAAAGUGGGACUGGAUGCUAGAGCAGCAGAAAACGUCUUCCUAGAACUAUGCACGGUUUUCGCCGGACCUAAGAAAUCAAGAGAGGUGAAGCAGGCCAUCAAUGAAUUAAAGAAGUGUGUUAAUUCAGACAGUGGAGAUGUGUUCAACAAACUUUCCUUUGCAAUUAACUUUGUUUCCAAGAUUUCAGCCAUUCAUCCCAUACCUGCAACCCUGGCAACUACGUUUUCAGUGUUGUCGACUUUGUUUGUACAAGUUGGAAAUGCAAUGAAAACGACAGUUCCGUCAGCAGACACGGACAGUGCCUAUGCUGCCAUUGAGCGCUUUCAGGAUUCAGAGCUAAAGGCGGACGCUGUGGGUUUAGAGGAUUUGUUUUACACUGUCAAUGCCUAUCUGAAUAGUAUUGCGGAAGAUGCUCCAGAGAGUAUAAUUAACCAUUUGGAGAAUAAGUUUCCUACAAGUGAUUCUGUGAGGCUUCUUGGUAAAUUGAGGGCAAAAACAGAGGAGCUAUUGUAUUCUGAUAUAAAAUCUGCAUACAGAGCAGCAGCGUAUAUCAAUUUGUAUUCCAGGCUUGCGAUACUCCGAUCACUGGUGCUUUGGCAGUUGUUCGCCAUCAAAAAUCGCAAAGGUUAUGAUCAGUCUAGUGCACAAGGCGUCCAGGCCAUGAUUUACGAAAGCGAGAAGAUAGACCUCGAGGUGGUGAAAUUUGUCACUGAAUCCAAAUUCGAAAAAGCUGUAUUUUUGACCGUAUUCAAUCCCACAGAAAAUGAACAUUUUCUCCAUCUCCUUCGAAUUAAACAAAUUUGGAUCCCAUGCAUAGGUCAGGACAAAUUGUUCUGUGCACAUACUCACUUGAUUCGGUCGGCCAAGUGGCCUGAUUGGAAAAUGGAGAUGUCCUCAGCACCUGGAGGGUCUAUUCGUGGAAGCAAUAAUAGAUCCGAUGCCUGUGAAUUUAAUUUGGAAGUGGUGGAAAAUCGAAAUGUGGACAACAUAUUUUACAUAAGAUCGAAAAAGUGGCCCUCACAUUAUGUCUACGUAGACAGUAAACUCGGAUGUUGCUGGUCUGUUUCUGGACACCCUGGUCCUGAAGGUCAGUGGAAGGUCAUUAAGUUAGAGGGAACCAGUGGUACACCUCAAUUCCUCAUGUCCCCUCUUAAGUGGCCGUGCUAUUUUAUUUAUAUGACUUCCUUACUCAAUGGAACUGUGAGGGGCACAUUUAAUCUGAAAGACAUUAAGGAAAAGGGAUUGUGGGAAAUUCUUGAUAUAUAGCGAAUAUACCAUGUAUUGUAAUGAAUUUAACGAAAACAUAAUCUUAAGACUGGGUAAUGUAAGGUUUGUUAUGUUCAAUGCUAUUUAUUUUGUCUUAAGGCUAUCUUUAAAAUCAUGAUUGCUUGCCUUUCCCCAACUCACGGUAAAAUUAUUGUGUCGGUAGAUAGAUGGGGGAAUUUUUUUCCCCAGAAAAUGACAACGUAUUUGUUGAAGGGAUAAGAGGAAAAAGAAAAAAAAUGUCCUGGAAUGUGAAAAAAAAGUUUUGAAUUGGCCAUUUUCAUUCAAUCGGGAGAGGGUAACCAAACAUUUUUUUAAAGAUGGCCUUAAUCGUGUUUUCAUUUGUUGCAACACAGUUUUCCUCAGAAAAUGAAACAGUAUGUAAAGACACAAUUGAAUUGAUGCAUAUGCUCCUUUUCCUCUUUUAUUCACAAGUACAUUCAGAACCAUUUUCCAGUAUAGAUCAGAAUCACAGAAAAUGAUACAUGUACAUGUAGCACUGUACAAAUUCCAAAGGAUAAAAGGAUAAAUGAAUCAAGUGUAUACAUGUAGGUCCUUACCUAUCAUUCAGAUUAAAGCAUGAUUUUUUUUUUUCAGUUUUAUAAUGGAAAUGACUUUUGUGUAGAUACAUGUAAUUUGUUCUUUGGCAUAUACAGAGGUAACAAAAAGAUAAAUAUUAUCUAUUGUCCAUAAUAAAAUAGAAUACUUGUGUACAUUACAAACAUGGCUAUUAUGUACUUUAACAGACAAUCUUACAAUAUUUAGGAUAUCUAAACUUAAGGAGGCUAGGGGAUCAACUAAUUUUUUUUUCAAUUAACCACUAGAUUUAACUGAAAUUUUGUGAUAUAUCUUAAUGUGCUGUCAACAAUCAUUUGGCAGAGAAAAAUUUCAUAAAUUUUAGCUUUAAAUUUGAUCAUUUUAUUAUAUAUUUAUAUGGAGCUCUUCUUCUAAUAGAGAUCAAAAUAGUCAAAAAAAUGGUCAUGACCACGCAGCCUUUUUAACAAGUGAUUUAAAAUUCCUAGCUCUAGCUAGAGAAAAAAUUCUUCACAAUUUAUAACCAUAAACAUCAUAUACACAUAAAAUCAUCAUACACUGUAUGUAUGCAUC